CCUCCUGCGGGGAGGAUGGAGACUCAGCGAGAGCACCCGGUGUGGGGCGCGGAGGAGGCUGUGGCGGCAGGGAGCGGGGCCAGGAGCCAGCAGAGGAGCAGAGCGCACGGCACGCGCGCCGCCGACCACUAGGGGAGGGGGGAAAGGAAGGACGGACCGCCGGACCUGCCGCCCGGCCUAGCUCCCCACGAGGGCCGGCUCGGCCCGUGACCAGCAGCGUCCCCGCCGCCCUCGCAGCUGCCGCCUCCUCCCGCUACCCUCAGGGCCCCACCGGGCUCUCGGGACGGGUCAGCACCCCAGUCCCUGGUGCCCGGCCGCGUCUCCGCGGCCGCGGCCGCCUCCUCCCGCGAGCAGGGGGAGGGACCGCACUGCUCCCGAUUCUCCCCGCCCCCUCCCCCGCCCCUCGCAGCCAGCUCCGCUGCCGCGCUCGCCUCUUGCGGGCGGCGCUGACCUGGGAAGCGGCGCCCUCCGCUCUGUGAGCGGCCGGUGGAGGCGGAGGCAGCGGCGGGCUUCGGGCCGCCCGGCCAGCGCUGCUCCGCCGAGCAGGAGCUGGAGGCCGGCGAAGGCGGGCGGUGAUGGAAGUGUGAGAAGGAGGCGGCGGGGCCCGAGAACUGUGAGGCGGCGUGUGGCGGCGGCGUGUGGCGGCGGCGUGUGGCGGCGGCGCGGAGCGGGAGAGGCGAGGAGCAGGGGUGGGGGCGCUGGAGCAGCGGCUGUUCUGCGGCUUCGAGCCCCUUUCCCCUGGUCCCGACGCGGGAUUAGCCGCCCGCCUCGGCUCGGGCGGGCUCCCGUCGACCCUUCAGCCCCGUCCUUCGCCGCUGCUCGGCCCGUCCGGGAGCUGGGGGCAGGGUGCCGGGGGGCAGCGUGGGGCUUGGCUUUCUAAUUCAUUCAUUCUCCGCCGCCGGAGCCUCGAACUUGCGGUGCUCCGAAGAGCGGAGGGAAGAGCGGCAGCAGCGAAUGAAGGGCCGGGCGCGAGCCGGGCUCCAUUGUGCUCGGCGGCGGGGGGCGGGUAGGGGCUGAGGGAGGUGGGAUCCGGCCCCCUCCCCCUGCUCCCCGGCGUGCGCUGCGCCCCCAGCCUGCUGCCAGCCUGGAAAUGGCUCCGUGUGUUCUCCUCGGGAGAAUGAAUCGAUCCUGCCCAGCCUUCUCUUCCUCCUCCCCGCCUCCUCUCUGCUCCCAGUCUUAGGAGGGGGGAAAAAAAUUAAAAGACAGAUUCCAAUGUGGAGUGCCAUGCACGUCGCGAGCCGCUGGGUUUGCACUUGGAAGAGAUUUUUCUACAUAGCUUUUUCUAAUGUGAGCGCAGGGAAGCAGUGGCAUUACUGCGCUUAGGAUUUUUAUUUUCUCGUAGGGAUCUCUCAAGUGCUCGUCGCAUUGGGUUGCACGCUCCACCCCCAGGGACCUGGUGUGGUGGAGAAAUUUGAACCCGCAGCCUUAGUAGCACCGAAAAGGCCGAGUUACCUGGGCUCUCCCUGAGUGUGGAGGAGGACAGGAGAGAAAUGACCACUGAACUCAUUUUUUAUAGGACUCCGUGAAGCUGGAUUCUGCAUUUCCCGAUUCAUAGACUCAUUUUGUGGAAUAGAGUUGACCGCCGUCUCCUCCGCGCAGCAUUUUAACUCUAAUAAGCAAAUGCCACCUCUGUUUGAACAUUUUGGUAUUUCCCAGAGAGAAAUCAUUUUACCUAAGGGAACUAACUGAAUUUUCAGCAUCACUGAAAUACCUCCACAAAAGGAUCUCGGGGGGUGGAAAAGCAUCUGCGAAAUAACGGACGGAGAAAUUCCUUUGGAGUUGUUCCGUAGCAUAAGAGCAGAAACUUCCGAGCAAGUUUUCACUGGGCAAAAUGGGAUGCAGAAAUAACCUUGUAAGUCGGUACCUGUGUUGUUUUUAAGUGAAGCAGGGAACAACCCAUCUUCAGCACUCGAGCUCAUGUCUUCCAGAUUGACCCAAACACAAAGAAGAACUGGGUACCCACCAGCAAGCACGCAGUUACUGUGUCUUAUUUCUAUGACAGCACAAGAAACGUGUAUAGGAUAAUCAGUUUAGAUGGCUCAAAGGCAAUAAUUAACAGCACCAUCACCCCAAACAUGACAUUUACUAAAACAUCUCAGAAGUUUGGCCAGUGGGCUGAUAGCAGGGCAAACACUGUUUAUGGACUGGGGUUCUCCUCUGAGCAUCAUCUUUCGAAAUUUGCAGAAAAGUUUCAGGAAUUUAAAGAAGCUGCUCGACUAGCCAAGGAGAAAUCUCAAGAAAAGAUGGAACUUACCAGUACACCUUCACAGGAAUCAGCAGGAGGGGAUCUUCAGUCUCCUUUAACACCAGAAAGUAUCAAUGGGACAGAUGAUGAAAGAACACCUGAUGUGACCCAGAACUCAGAGCCAAGGCCUGAACCGACUCAGAAUGCAUUGCCAUUUUCACAUAGUUCAGCAAUCAGCAAACAUUGGGAGGCUGAACUGGCUACCCUCAAAGGAAAUAAUGCCAAACUCACUGCAGCCCUGUUGGAGUCCACUGCCAAUGUGAAACAAUGGAAACAGCAACUUGCUGCAUAUCAAGAGGAAGCAGAACGUCUGCACAAACGGGUUACUGAGCUUGAAUGUGUUAGUAGUCAAGCAAAUGCGGUGCAUACCCAUAAGACAGAAUUAAAUCAGACAAUACAAGAAUUGGAAGAGACGCUGAAAGUGAAGGAAGAGGAAAUAGAAAGAUUAAAACAAGAAAUUGAUAAUGCCAGAGAACUACAAGAACAGAGGGACUCUUUGACUCAGAAACUACAGGAAGUAGAAAUUCGGAACAAAGACCUGGAGGGACAACUGUCUGACUUGGAGCAACGUCUGGAGAAAAGUCAGAAUGAACAAGAAGCUUUUCGCAAUAACCUGAAGACACUGUUAGAAAUUCUUGAUGGAAAAAUCUUUGAACUAACAGAAUUACGAGAUAACUUGGCCAAGCUACUAGAACGCAGCUAAGGAAAGUUAAAUUUCAGUGCCAAUUGAUUAAAAAAUAUACUGUCUCUCUUCAUAGGACUGUUUGGGCUCUGCAUCAAGAUUGCACAAAAAAUUUGAAUAUCCCUUGUCCAGGAGGAGGAUCUUUUGAAAAUUGGAAUUGUAUAUUUCAGUGUAAAUUUUAGAGUUCAGCUUGUAGCUAGUUGGGGAAAAAGAGAUGAAAAACUUGAACUACAGAUUACCUCCAUGUAUAUUAUUGGCCAUAGUUAACUAGAAAGUUAUAAACAGACACUUAAUGCAAUCUUUUUUUCUGAUAUUAGCCAAUGGGAGAAUUAACAAAUGUCUGGGUCACAUCCCCUUUUUGUGUUCAACACAGUGAAGGUUAUCUGCUUUUUGAAUUAAUUUAUUUAUGAUAUCUAAAGCUGUGUUUUGUGCAAAAACUUCGUGAUGAAAGCCCUGUCUUUUGUUGUAAUCGGAAUAAUUUCUCAGGAUAUUUUUGCACUGCUGGCAGCAGUGCCAUUACCAAUUAAUUCUUGCCAGGAGUGAGAGUGAGCUGCAUCUUUAAUUGAAACAUACUUACUAUAACUGGGUGUAUAGAGUUCUUCCCUUUUUUUAUACUGGAAGAUAUUUCACUCUGGUGACCACUCUGGUACACUCUGGUGUUCUCUAAUCUUGUCUGCUGUAUAGUUUACUUUUCCAUAUUGAUUCCAUGUAUUUAUGAGAAGAUAUUGUCUCCCAUUUUAUUACACAUUUUAAAGCCAACUAAUGAAGGCAGCUGAGUCCCUCCAAAAUUUUUCUUUUUAAAUUUCUAAUAAAUUUGACACACAGUACUGAAAUACAGCAGCCCGUCACUGGCGGUCUGGUCUAGCAAUGUUAAGUAUAUUUACAGAAUAUGCAGUUACAUUUAUUUAUAUAUUUUGCAAGAAAUCUUUUCUGAAUGAUUAAUGCAUUUCAAUUUACAAAUAAUAAUGGUUGUUGGGAAACUGUUUAUUAUAGAUCAUUUUAAGGUGUAUAGCUAUUUUAAAGGCGAUCCAUUUCCAUCGAGCAGCCAAUCAGAGGACUAUUGGGAUUGGAGCCGUGUACUCUGUCUGGGUCUUCACAUCAACCACGUCUCUAGUCAAUCCUCACAAGGCAAUAUUCUAAACUGUUAACUAGGCAUUUCAAAACAGGAAUUCAAUUCAGCGGGCUCUUCUCAGUGAACAGGAUUUAAUGUUGUUUUGAGGUAAUUUUAAAGGACUUUCAGCAAACAUGCAUUUCUUUAUAUAUUUCUUUUAAGAAACUGUUUUAAAAGUAAGUCAAGUGCUGUCUAGUCUGCUUAUGGAGUAGGAACUGCAUCAGAGUCCAUAUAUUCUUGCUGUCCAAUGCUUGUGACGUUGAGGAGGGUUCUUAUUUAAAGUGUAUGCUUGAGUAUCUGACUCCAUGGAGUUUACAAAUGCACUGACUUUUUGUUUGUACCCCAAAACAGUUGAAUUGUUAAGUACAGAAUUAAGCUGGUUAAUCAAUUUGUAACCAUUUUUUCACUCACAAACAGCUAAUCAACACUAGACAAUUUUGUUUUAUAUAUAUGUAUGUGUAUGUAUGUAAAUACAUACAUAUUAAUUUAUAUUAGAGUGAAAAAUAAAUGGUUUGUUUCUAAAGUUAGUUUCUAAAGUGAGUUUUCAGGUGUCUCUGAAAAGUUUAUAUCAGACACUUAAUCAUCUUGUAUUAUAUGUGCUAUGAUAUGUAAGUUACCUCCAUCUAUUUUAGGGUAUUUGCCUCACCUGUUUAUAAUAGGGAGGAUAAUUUAGGUACACAAGCUCAGAGCUAUUUCUCUGAUAAAUCAGGUAAUAAAAUUUAUUUGAUUGAUGGAAUUUUGAAGUAGAUGUGAUUUUAUCCAUCAGUUUCUGAGUAACAGAGCACCAGAUUUUAAUUAAAAUAGGGGAUUUAGCACUAGGGAUCAGGAAAUUUGGUUAUGAAGAGUUAAAAAUUCAAAAAAAAAUAGGACAAGCUGUUGAAAUGGUAAGUGAAUUAUUUUAAUGAUGUAAUAAGAUAUUUUUAAAUUUUGACAUAGUUGUCAUUUAAUGGGAAAAUAACUCACCAAAAUGUCUCCACUUGAAUUGUAUUGAUAUAUGAGACAUCUGUAAUUCAAUAUAUACAUAUACUCAUAUGUAUAUACAGAAAAUUAUUUUUACUAUUUUCCUAUGGACAUGAAAUCUAAAAUUGGAAAUUUUGUGAGUUUUUUCCUUUCCAAUAGAGUCUAAUUUUUUCUUUUUUUAGUGAUUCAACAAUUUCUUGAGGGCUGCACCUUUAAAUUCCCAGCUUGUCAUUAGACGUGUACAGUAUAUGGGAUAAGGUGGACACAAGUGCACAUAUAAAUAAAAUUUUCUUAUUAAGACUAUUUUAAACAUUCAUUUACAGUAGGAGAGUAUCUAGAAAUCAUCAUCUACAAGUCAUAAUUAGUUUGUGUGCCUACUGUAGUUUUCUUCAUUUCUGUAUUAUAUAAAUAAAAGUUUGCAUAUUAAAAUUUGAUUUUUCCCAGAGACAAGUAUUAUAUAAUGUAUAUUUAGAUCAAACUGUGGUAAUAUAUUUAUCAGAAAAUAAUGUUGGGGACUAUAGCCUGAACAUGUGGACUUGAAGUGACACAGAAAAGGAGAGCAGAGAUUGAUCCCAUUGUGUGUAAGUUAUUAUAACUAUGAAUUCUUGUACAAAAAAACAAUUGAAAAAAAGAAAAACAAAAAUACAGUUUUUAUUUUGAAAUACAUUUGUUGUUCUCUGGAGAAUGUAUCUUUUUUUCCUUCAGUCUUUUACAGAUACUUUUUAAAAAGCAUUUAAGUGAUGGCAGCAUUUACUUAAAUCUUACAGGUGCUACUGGAUUUUGCAUUAGUGUGUUAUGUUGUGAAAUCCUAACUUUGACAUAAAAGGUUUUAUAAGUAUUUCCCUGCCUGGAAAAUUAGUUUUUGUUUCUCCUCUCUCUCUCUCUCUCUCUUUCUUUCUGUCUUUUUUUUCCUCCCCCUUUCUUUCUGCAGAUUAAAAAAAGUUCAUGAAGUUGCAUCCCUCCUGUCCCUAAUAGAAGAACUCCAGCACCACCAUAGAUUUAAAGUUUUGCUGUCAUUGAACUGUUGGGAAGCAGUUAGAGGAAAAACUUACACCUUUUUUUCAAGUGGAACUAAAAGAGAUACUCAGUUAAACCACCACCACCUUUUAAAACUCAUUUCUUUGCCUUGUUAAAAUUAAAUGUAUUCUUUCACAUGUGUGCUCCGGCCUCCCAUGUUUUUACUUAACUCUGGAGUAUGCAGCUCAGCUGCUGUCUCCUCGCAGACCUGAUUUUCUGUCAGCUCUGGAAUGCGAGGCAGGCCAUAUGGGAAAAUGUGUUUGGUGGCAGUGGUUUCUUGUUUUCUAAAGAAAUCCUUUUGUUUAUUUGAUAUCAAAUGAUUUUAACAUCCUGAUAUUCAGUGCUUGAAGCCAUGAAAUAGUCUUCAUUGAACUUUUUUCUUCUGGGUAUUUAACAUUGUUCCUUUAUCAUUCAUGAAGUCAAUUAAUUUAUAUAAAUCUUAAAGAGGAAAACUUUCAGGUAAGAAGUAGUUGAGAAAGACACAUUUUUAAAAAAUUUCUCAAGUAGGAUACUAUGCUAUAGUAAGUAUUUGUUGAGAAGAUAAUUUUCAUGUGAGAAAAUAUUGUAAAAGUUUCUAGAAAAGGAUCAUUUUAGAAUGGAAACAGAUGUAUCAUUCACCUUACUCUAAAUUGUGAAAGUGUAUUUUUAACUAAUAUUCAUGUUAAAUUGGACCUUAAAUUUUUAUGGCAGUUUUUCUCUAUGGGAAACCAAUAUAUAGGUGUCACACAAAUAAGCAUAGUUAAUGAAUUAAAAGAAAUGAAUGUUUUUCUCUUUUUGUUUAUAUAUUGAUAUUACCUAGUAAAGUAGCUACAAGUUGCUAACAAUUUUAUCCAAGGAAAAACUCAGUCAGCACUACACUGCCAAGUGAUUUCUGCUUAGUAUAUUAGAUAAAAAAGAAUUGAGUUAUUUUUACCAAAAACAGGUGACCCAGGGAGAGAAAUUGCAUCUAGAAUAGGGGAAAGGCCAUAAGCUCCCAACAGAUUUCUAGUCAAUUCGUUGAUCUCUUUAAGUACGCUUUUUAUCUUUUAGAUUAAAGGACACAUUCCAAAGGCUACCAGAAGUGUAUGUGGGUAAGGAGAGGAUAUUUUUUUGUGAAAACAAAGCCAGCAAAAAGAGUAGGAGCGUGAUGACUUCAGUUUUUAUCUAAGACACAUCAGGGUAGCCAGAGUCACAGGAAGUUCUAUUUCCUACCUUGCUGCUGCUUUUAACUAAACAAGUUGGGACUGCCCUAGUGAAUUUCAAAGGCUUUCAGAAGAUCCUGUCAUUAUUAUCUGUCAGGAUUUAUAACCUAAUAUAAGAUACCUAGCAUUCAGACCUCACCAUUCCAUGGGAUUCUGACCUACUUUUGUCAAUUAUUUUCACGUCAGAUCUGCCCAGGGACAGAAAUGUUGCUCUGUUUUCUCCUAAUAAAACCAAAUUAAGAUGACAAUGGGUGCCCGCCAAAAUUAAGCCCAUUUCUGUAAUAUAGAAAAAUUUCUUUUGUGGGUAUUUUUUCUAACUAUGUUCAUGAUUUUAUCUUGUUAUCUGUGUUUUAUAACUAUGUUACUAUAUAUGCAUAUAUAUAUAUAUAUAGUAAGUCAUAUCUAUAUGACUUGUGUAUAUGACUUAUUUGAUUGUUAUACCUUAAGUGGAAUGACUGUUUCAGAAAACAGGGCUAGAAAGCAGACGUACUUGAAGUAAAUGCUUUCUCAACAACUUCAGUAUAAAAUGGAAUAGAAAUGGGUGUUUGUUGAAUAUCUGCUAUGUGACAGGCACUGUACUAACUGUUUGACAUUUCAUUUCUACGUAUAGGGUCCCUGCCAGGGGUUUUCCUUUGGAGGGGGGAUGAGGGAAAAAGGCUCAAAUGAUUGCACCUGGUAUGUUCCCACAGCAGUCAGUCUGGUCAUCCAGUCCACUGUCAGAAGGUGGACAUCUUAUUCAUGUUGCUGGUACCGUUUUUCCCUUGAGCUUGCCUGUCUAGAAUAUCUCUGUUAGGACACUUCUUAACUAUAUAUUUUAUAUUUGCUCUUCUUGAACUUCUUCCUUCAGGCUCCUUUGGUGUUUACAAUGCUUGUCAUCAUUCAGUUGCAAGUCAUACUUUGUUUGCAGGUGUUAUGUUUAUGCAAUAUGUUUUACUCUCCAGUUUUUUUAAACUUACAGGGUUCAGAUAAUCCAAGGAAAGUACGUUUCAUAUGCAGAAUUUCAGUCUAUAAAAUUUAAGUAGCAAACUGUUUAUAAAGGCCUUGGGAAGACAAUUUAUCUCUUAAGUUCCCUAAUGAAAUAAGUUGUAAACCUGUAAAACUCAUCCUCCAACACUAAAAUAGUUCAGCAGGAUGUGGGUUUUGCAGUCAGUCCUAGGUAACUUUGUGGUCAAUUCUGUUUCCACAGAAGUUAAGGCCUCUGUGACUGAUCAGGCCAUUAGAUCAUUUACAGAAGUGACUCAUGGCCCUAGGUUCUUUAGAUGGGUGGUAGCCCUCAAUUAAAUGGAAUCAUAUAAUAUUUGUCUUUUUGUAUUUGGCGUAUUUCACUUAGCAUAAUGUUUUCAAGGUUUAUCCAUGUUGUGGCUUAUGUCAGAAUUUCAUUCUCUUUCGAUGUUGAAUAUUCCAUUGUAUGGAUAUACCACAUUUUGUUUAUCCAUUUAUCUAUUGAUGGACAUUUGGGUCAUUUCCACCUUUUGGCUAUUGUGAAUAAUUCUGCAGUGAACAUUCAUAUACAAAGAUUUGAGUCCUACUUUCAUUUCUUUGAAUAUAUACCUAGGAGUGGAAUUGCUGGAUCAUAUGGUAAUUCUAUGUUUAACUUUUUAAGGAAGGGUUGGGUUUGAAUUGAAUUAAUUAAAAAGACUCAUAGAGCAAGGUGCCUUCUCAUUGGGAAAUCACAGUUGUGGGGUUAGUAUUUUGUUAAUAGGUCUGUAAGUGAUCCAUUGGUCUCUUAAGUCAUGCCUUCUAUUCUCUUACCUAAAAUAUUUGUUGAGCACCUGGUAUAUCCCAAGAAUUGAGACACAAGAGAGAAGCUCAUACUUCAGUGCAGGACACAGACAGUUUACAGUGCAUAAGUACUCUGAUCAAGAGGACUAGCAUGAGGCAGCCCAGAGGGAAGAAGAGUCAAGAAAUCUUUUCCAGAAGAGAUGAUACCUAGCUGAGUUUGGGUGGGGGAGUAAGAGCUAGCUAGUUGAAGGGGUGUGAGAGAAUUGUAGAGAAUGUGUCGUGUGCAAAGGCUUAGAGGGAUGAAAGCAUUGAGACAUUUAGAAGGUUAGAAUGGGUUAGUACACUGACACACAGGGUGUUAGGGAAAAGUAUAUGGCAAAAGAUGGUGAUGGAGGAGUAGGCGAAGGGUAGAUCAGGAAAGACUUUGUAAGUCAUAUAAAAGAUUUGGGUUUUAUUCUGAAGAAAAUCUAGAGAUAUUGAAGGAUUUUUUUUUUUUUGUAAAGAAGUGAUAUAGUGUUAAAAUAUAUGGUUUAAAAGUCUAGUUAGUUCUGCAAAUCAUAGUAGUCCCUGUUGAGAGGCUGCUUUAUGGUGGUUGUGCUGGGAUGGAAAAGGUGAAAUGGAUUCAGAGAGUAUUGGGGAGGUAGAAUGAGUGGGGCUUCUUUGGUGGAAUCAGUAGAUGGCAAAGAAAAGAGAAGAAUGUAGGAUGAUUCCUAGAUCUCUUGAGUUGGACAGCCAGGUGUUACCAUCGCAUUUACUCAGACAGUGAAUUCAACAUGGGGAAAGGGUUAGUUCUGGUGGCGGCAAGACAAAGCAAGAUGAAUGAUGGGUUAGAUCUGUUUUGAGUUUAAGAUGCCUAUGGAAUAUCCAAGUAGAAAUGUAGUUCUAGUUGGAGCUUAGGAGAAAAACAUGAGCUGGAGAUAGAUAUUUGGGAAUUGUCAGCAUAUGUAUUGAUAAUUGUAAUUGAGAGCAUGAGAAAUGGGGAGAUUACAAGAUGAAAAUGUCACUUUGAGCCAGGUACAAGACAAGAGCUUGUGAAAGAGACAGAAGGAAUGACCGAGAGCAGUGAGUAGACAGAGUGAGGGACUCGUGGAAGCGCAGAAUAGAGUAGCCAGAUUUCACACGCGAAUAAAUAAAUCAACAAAUCAACUCAUGUCUUGAGGCCAUGAUAUUCCAGCUGUGUUCUGUUGAGACUCUUCAUUAAUAUUUGAUAAAUAUAUUUGAACAUAAAAAAUUAAAAGCCAACAAACUCAGAUAUGCAGUUUAUAACAUUUUAAAAUACUGCAAUCCAGCAAACAUCAGUACCAGGUUAACUCUUUUUGUGCAGAUGCCAGACUAAAGCCAUCUCUGAUAAACUUCAUGAAGAGCGCCUUGGUGUUUCAAGGUGAGCUGUUAAAGAACUGCUCCCAUUUCUUAAUGUGAAUCAGGACUUUCUCAAUACCGUGCAACUGAAACAAAAUACAGAAAUAGGGUCUACGUAAGAUAAUGUCUGUCUUCUGUAAACCCAGUCUCAAAUGCUGUUUAUGAAAAUAACUUCACUUUUCUUAUUGACUUAUUAAAUUAAAUGUUACAUACCAUUCUUUCUGUUAAUAUAUUGGUUUUCCAGGUGGCUGUCAUUUCUAAAAGGUUAACGGGGGGAGGGUCACUGUUUCCUAGUAGAACUUGGCUUAUUAUCUUUCUGUGGCUCAGCUGCCUCCCCUCAAAGUCAAGUUCUAGAGGCUUAAGUGUAUUACAUGUACCUUUUUAAAUGUGUUAUUUUGAUACUAAAUUCACCACUAGGAGCAGAUGGCGUUUGUGUUUGCAUUGCUAUAGAAAGUUUUGAGAGUUAACAUUUCUGUUAUCUUAAAUGAUCCUUACUCUUUUUUUCAUACUGAUUCAUAAACAGAUAACUGUAUACAAAUUAUCUCUGGUAGAAAUUAUCUCAAACAAGGACAACAACCACAAAAUACUCUCUGUAUUUGGUUUUAGAAUGCUGUAUGGUAUAUUUGAUUUUUAUUUCUAGUUUAAGUUAAAAUUAGCUUGAAUUCCUUGAGUAGACACGGCUUGCACUACUUGGGCAACAAAUUAGAGCAUGUUAGACUUCCAGGAAGAAAAGAGGAGCUACUGGUUUUCAAAUUUGGCUCCAACUAAUCCAUAAAACUUGCAAAUCACUUGUGAAUUGUCAAAUAAACU